AUGUGGCGAUUCUCCGCUUCGAUUCUCCUCCUCUCAUGUCUCGCCGUCUCCCUCCUCGCCGCCUCUUCGUCGGCGUUCGGCUAUUCGGAGGCGACAUGUUCCGGAAUAGUGCCAUUACGGUACCGGAACGAUAAGAUCUCGAUAACCGACUUUGGCGGCGUCGGGGAUGGACGGACGGUGAAUACGAAGGCGUUUAGGGCGGCGAUUUACCGGAUUCAGCACCUGAGGAGGAGAGGAGGCACGCUUCUGUAUAUACCUCCGGGAGUGUUUCUCACGGAGAGCUUCAGUCUCACCAGCCAUAUGACUCUCUACUUGGCUAGAGGCGCCGUAAUCAGAGCUGUUCAGGUUAAUUUUUCAGCUCUCUAUUUUGUUAUCACUGCGAUUUUGGAUUUUGAAAUUCCCAUUGGUAUGUUUGCUUCAUCAUUGUUGGUUGCAAUUUUCUGA